AGAAGGAGAAGGAUGAGAAGAAGGAGAAGGAGAAGGAUGAGAAGAAGGAGAAGGAGAAGGAUGAGAAGAAGGGAGAAGGAUGAGAAGAAGGAUGAGCAGAAGGAGAAGGAUGAGAAGAAGGAGAAGGAUGAGAAGAAGGUGAGAGGUAUGAGAAGAAGGAUGAGAAGAAGGAUGAGAAGAAGGAGAAGGAUGAGAAGAAGGGACAGUUCUGUGACAGUUUCUGUCUAUUUCUGAACAGUUCUGGGACAUUCACUCCAUACAGCGGUUUCAACCGCUGUAUGGAGGGAAUGUCAUGGAACUGUCAGAAAAUAGACUAUUAAUGACAGUUCUGGGACUGUCCUUCCAUGCAGCGGUUGAAACAUUGUAUGUAUUUGUUUCCA